AUGGCAAGCAAGCUCUUCCUCGUCUCGGCGACUCUCGCCUUCUUCUUCCUUCUCACCAACGCCUCCAUGUACCGAACGGUCGUGGAAGUCGACGAAGAUGAUGCCACAAACCCAUCCGGCCCAUUUCAGCUUCCAAGAUGCAGGAAGGAGUUUCAGCAAGCACAACACCUAAGAGCUUGCCAGCAAUGGCUCCACAAGCAAGCAAGGCAGUCCAGGCGUCCCUGGACCCUCGACGGUGAGUUUGAUUUUGAAGACGACAUGGAGGAGAACCCCCAGGGUCGCCCACAGCAGAGACCACCGCUCCUCCAACAGUGCUGCAACGAGCUUCACCAGGAAGAGCCAAUUUGCGUUUGCCCAACCUUGAAAAGAGCAUCCAAAGCCGUUAGACAACAGGUUCAACAACAGGGACAACAGGGACAGCAAGGACAGCAGGGACAGCAACAUCAACAAAUGGUGAGCCGUAUCUUCCAGACCGCUAAGCACUUACCUAGAGUUUGCAACAUCCCGCAAGUCAGCGUUUGUCCCUUCCGGAAGGCCAGCCCCUACUACUAG